UGUGCAGUCAGAUAGCAGUCAUGAUCCUGAGUUCCCUUUACCCAGGGAAAAGUCAGUGCUCAGCAACUCGUCCAAUGCACUUCACUACUUCAUUUUGGCUGGACCAGACAGGAUUUGUUGGUGGCUCGCAGAUCAUCAGUCCUGGAGCCUUUGGAUUCCAUCUCAGUGUGCUUGACUGAGCCAUGGAGUCUUUCGAUGCUGACACCAAUUCAACUGACCUACACUCACGGCCUCUGUUUCAACCCCAAGACAUUGCCUCCAUGGUCAUUCUUGGUCUCACUUGUCUAUUGGGACUGCUAGGCAAUGGGCUGGUGCUGUGGGUAGCUGGCGUAAAGAUGAAGACGACCGUGAACACAGUCUGGUUCCUCCAUCUCACCCUGGCCGAUUUCCUCUGCUGCCUCUCCUUGCCCUUCUCCUUGGCUCACCUGAUUCUCCAAGGACACUGGCCCUAUGGCUUGUUCCUGUGCAAACUUAUCCCAUCCAUCAUUAUUCUCAACAUGUUUGCCAGUGUCUUCCUGCUUACUGCCAUUAGCCUGGACCGAUGUCUGAUAGUACAUAAGCCAAUCUGGUGCCAGAAUCAUCGAAACGUGAGAACCGCCUUCGCCAUCUGUGGAUGUGUCUGGGUGGUAGCCUUUGUGAUGUGUGUGCCCGUAUUUGUAUACCGUGAUCUGUUCAUUAUGGACAAUCGCAGUAUAUGUAGAUAUAAUUUUGAUUCCUCCAGGUCAUAUGAUUAUUGGGACUACGUGUACAAACUAAGUCUACCAGAAAGCAAUUCUACUGAUAACUCCACUGCUCAGCUAACUGGACAUAUGAAUGACAGGUCAGCUCCUUCCUCUGUACAGGCAAGGGAUUACUUUUGGACAGUUACCACUGCCCUCCAGUCACAGCCAUUCCUAACAUCUCCUGAAGACUCAUUCUCUCUAGAUUCAGCAAACCAACAACCCCAUUAUGGUGGAAAGCCUCCUAAUGUCCUCACAGCCGCCGUACCCAGCGGGUUUCCUGUUGAAGAUCGUAAAUCCAAUACACUGAACGCUGACGCUUUUCUCUCUGCUCACACAGAACUUUUCCCUACUGCUUCUAGUGGUCAUUUAUACCCCUAUGAUUUCCAGGGGGAUUAUGUUGACCAAUUCACGUAUGACAAUCAUGUGCCGACACCGCUGAUGGCAAUAACCAUCACAAGGCUGGUGGUGGGCUUCCUGGUGCCGUUUUUCAUCAUGGUAAUUUGUUACAGCCUCAUCGUCUUCAGAAUGCGAAAAACCAACUUCACCAAGUCUCGGAACAAAACCUUUCGGGUGGCUGUGGCUGUGGUCACUGUCUUUUUUAUCUGCUGGACUCCAUACCAUCUUGUCGGAGUCCUGCUAUUGAUUACUGAUCCAGAAAGUUCCUUGGGGGAAGCUGUGAUGUCCUGGGACCACAUGUCCAUUGCUUUAGCAUCUGCCAAUAGUUGCUUCAACCCUUUCCUGUAUGCCCUCUUGGGGAAAGACUUUAGGAAGAAAGCAAGACAGUCUAUAAAGGGCAUUCUGGAAGCAGCCUUCAGCGAAGAGCUCACGCACUCUACCAACUGUACCCAAGACAAAGCCUCUUCAAAAAGAAACAAUAUGAGUACAGAUGUGUGAAGAUGUGGCCCUGGGAACCUAAGCAGAGUUCUCAGGUGAACAGUGAUGGAUGACAUGUGAGCAGGACACUUUAGACAAUUUGGCGACUCUCAGAGAAAGGUCUCUUAUUGACAUCAGCAUCAUUUGAAAACAUUAAAGAUGCAAAAUUUCAAGCCCCAUCCCAGAUGUGUUGACUCAGAAUCUCUGGCCCAUGGGACCAGUGUUUUAACAGGCCUUCUUGUUUCCAUCAGUGUUAAGUUUUACCUCAUUUGGCUUAGUCUAUUCCCAUCCCUGACUACACCAUGUGCAAUGAAUAACUUUUUCAUCUGUUUUCAGUAUUCUUUUUUUUUCCUUAGCAUCAUCUAAACUUCUAGUUUGCAUGGAAGGCUGCUCUUAUUGUUCUGAAUGGAAGAUAUUCAUUUAUUGUACAGUUUUGUGGUGGUGACAAGUGAUUUUUAAGUGGGGAAAGAGACACAGUAAGAAAAGAUCUAUGAAAGCAGGGAGUGUUGAGUUAGAGUUUGACAGAACACAGUGCCAAAUGCCACCCACUAAAAGCAACCUGAGAUAAUUCCAGUGUUCAUGUGAGCAAGUGAGCACAGAUACACAUAAACACUUUCCUACUCCUGGAGUGUUUUAGAAGUUGUAGCUUGGAGCUCUCUCUUCCCUGUGUAUUCUGCUUGUUCAUAGAGCCAUCUAUGUUCCAUUUCUUUUUGUUUGUUGGUUUGGCUUCUUGUGUUGGUUGGUUGGUUGGUUGGUUGGUUGGUUGGUUGGUUGGUUGCUUGGUUGGUUGGUUGGUUGGUUGGUUGGUUGCUUGGUUGCUUGGUUUACUGUUUUUUCAAGACAGUAGCCCUGGCUGUCCUGAAACUCAUUCUGUAGACCAAACUGGCCUGAAACUCAGAGAUCAGUGUGCCUCUGCCUCCAAGGAGUCUUCUUAAGGUCUUGAAUUCCUUUCUGUUUUCCACACAGGGCCUUGCCAUCUCCUGCUGGGAUUAGGCGUGUGCAGGUGUGCAGUACGUACCUGGCCCCAUCGUCUUCGGCUUUUUACAUUAGACUUUGUAUCUCACAUAGAAUAAAACAAUAUCCUAAUGGGAUGAUGGGUGGAACUUCAGGAUCAAUGCAUGCUUCAACAGCAAUAUCAAAAGAUUUUAAACAUGAGUCUAGGUAUCUUACAUGACAAAAGUGUCAGGCACACUCUCUUUUUUUUCUUUUCUUUUCUUUUCUUUUUUUUUUUUUCAAAUUAAUGUUUGCCUGGACCAUGCUAAUAUAAAGUACUGUAUGCAGCCAAUUUUAAAGGAACUAAUUAAAAAUGAAAUAAAAAAGGGUGGUUUCUCCAGUGCCCAGUAGUUCCCAUCUCUCCCUACUUUGCAAGAAUUGUAGCUGUUCCUUCUGAUAUUUACCAUGGUGUGCCUAAAACACCUCUUAUGCUGCUGAUCUUUGUAGACAGGAAGAAAAGGCUGUCUUGAUUUUGAUUUACUUUACCUACAUUUUCAUCCAGCACCCCAGUGUUGACUGGUAUCACACAUUAAUCUGUUCGUGAUCAUUUUUCUCUUCCCUUUGUUGUCGGGUUUUGCUUGCCUUCGUGCCAUCAUCUCAGUGUAGCACACACAAUCUAGCUUCAGACUCCCAGGUCUCUUGUUAUAGUAACCAGAUGAGCACCACCACCAUCCCCACCCCCAGCUGACCACACAAUUUUCCUGUCAAUACAUUUCAAUAGCAUACAGCUUUUCUCUGUCCUCUCAUUUUUCAUGCUGACAUAUAUUAAUUGUACAUAUUAAUAAGGUUCCACGUGGCUGAUCCAUCCAUGCACACAACAUUCACACUUUCACCCCCAGCCUCUUCUUUAUCAUUAUUCUACUUACUGAUUGACUUUAAAAAAAAAAAAAAAAGUCUGAAGAAUCUCAUGCUGGCCUUAAAAUCACUAUGCAACCAAAAAUGAGUUUGAAAUUCAAAUCCUCCUGCCUCCCAUGGGCUGUGAUUAUAGGCAUGGAACACUAUGCCCACUCUUAUGUGGUACUGGGACUCAAAACCAGGGCUUCAUGCAUAGUCGUUAAGCAUCCUACCAACUAAACUACUCUGCACCCGCCCCCCAGCCUGCUCAGGUUGACAUUUCUGGCCCUCAUAUAUGAGACUAUGUGAUACGUAUGUGUCCAUUCACAUCCAUUCUGUUAAAACCAGUAUUUCACUCAUUGUUAUGGCUGAAUAACACUGCACUGUGUAUGUGCAUGCACACGCAUGUGUGUACAUGUGUAUGUGCACGUGUGUGUAGUAAGUGCCAUUAUCCACCCAACUACCAACCAAUGCCUAAGCAGAUUCUAUAUCUUAGCUAUUAUACAUAGUACUACACUCAACCUUUAGUUUAAAAAAAGAAAACCAGCAGCUCCCAUAAUAAUCUAUUAUGUGGAUACUUUCCAUGUGUUAAAUCACUAGAAAGUCAAGCUUGUUUGUACAGAUAGGUAUGUCUAAGAUGAACGAGUUAAUCUACAAAGACGGAAGAUGGAAUGUAGUUUAGUCUUGUGAUACAUUAUUUAUUCAGUUGUCAAGAGAAGGGCCUUAGGCUACAACUGUUGUAUGAACAAUUAUGUGGAAAUUUCAAAUCACUAAAAGAUCUUGUUUACUACGAGGUAAUUCUGGGCAUAAGACUGCAGUUCUGCCUUUCCAGUAUGAGCGGUUUACAUAUUCCCUAUGAAUAAAUGCUUUUAUCUAC